CUCUAGAAGAUCUGGAUUUCACAGAUGAUAUAUAUAUAUAUCUCAUGUCAUACAAACUCGAAGACUUGCUAGCCAAAACCAACAAAAUGGCUGGAGAGGCUGUCAGCGAAAACAGGACUGCAGGUGAACACAGAGAAGACGGAGGUGAUAAAAAUAACCAAUCAACAGCAACAACAACCAGCACAAAUCACCAUCAAUGGGAGAGAUUUAACAGAGGUUGCCUCCUUCACUUAUCUAGGAAGUAUCGUUUCAACUACAGGCGGAACGGACGCAGAUGUCAAAGUCAGAAUUGGAAAGGCAAGGUACAGCUUCAUCAACUUGAAAACCAGUUUGGAAAUCUUCCGCACUCAGAACAAGGAACAAGAUUCGCAUUUUCAACACCAAUGUGAAAUUGGUUCUUCUAUAGGGGUCAGAAACUUGGCGUGUCACAAAAAGGAUUUCCAACAGGCCGCAGACUUUCAUCAACAUCUGCCUUCGCUGGCUUUAUACUGAAGAUCAAAUGGCCAGAAAGAACAAGCAACAAGAAACUAUGGGAACAAGCCAAUAGGCGAGAGCCGAUCGCUCAGCAAAUAUGUAGGAGAAAGUGGAGAUGGAUCGGGCAUACAUUGAGGAGGCCGCCUAAUGACAUCGCACGCCAGACCCUCGAGUGGAAUCCAAGUGGGAAGCGACGAGUGGGUCGUUGCUUUAAGGGUGACAUGGAGGAGAUCGUG